CGCGGUUCUCUGCGUAGUCCGCGCCUGCUCGCCAGUGCCCACAUUCUUCGAAGUCGAGACGACUUUGGGUGAAUAUGGCUGACUGACAAAACAUUCCAGGCAUAGCAGCGAUCAACGAGCAUCGUGUGUCGCGUUCGCUCGAGCAUGUGCACGGCGACGGCCGUGUGGAACGACGUCAUCCCUGACCGAAGCUUCUCGCCGUACGAGUGACGCAACGACAUCGACGUGAACGUCGUGAACGUGAGGGAGAGCGCGGAAGGUGCGCGCGGAGCUCCAUUCGUCUCUGUGAGGAGAGAGAGAGAGAGAGAGAGAGAAAAAGAAGUAAUAGGUGCGCUGAACGGUGCUCUCUCACACGGGCGAUCGCGAGGGCGAGCGGAUUGUCGCUGCACGCGGGUGACGCGGCGUAGCAAAACGAUCGCGCGAGCGGAUUCGCACCACGUAGCGCACCCACCGCAUACGAGGACAAGAUAGAGCGAAAGAGAGUGAGCAGAGCGAGAGCGCAGCGAGAGAAAGAGAGACAGAGAUAGAGAUAAAGACACACACACGGGAAUUGAUCGUUCGAGAUCAUGACAAUUUUAUCGAAGAAGAAGGCGAAUGCGCCGAAGGACAGGACGCGCGAGGGAGGCGCCGGACCCGAGGUCGACGUCCAUCACGGGGUAGUGCAGAACGAGCACAGUUCCGGCAGCAUCGCCCUCCCGAACAGUCCUUAUCAGGUACGGGGCACCAGCGGCUUCGCCGUCGAUCUGCACGGAGUCCAAAGCGAUCACGGAUCCCACAGCGGUUCCCUCGUGUUGACCGGCAACUCGUACGAGAUAAACGUUGACCGCCGCGACGACAAACAUUUUGAAGAUGGGAGUGGCCCGAGUCAUGGUAAACGUCACAGACAGAGAGUCAGUCCACACAGCUGUAUUGGUAGACCUUCGCGCGCAAAGCGCGAACGAGAGAGGGAUAGAGGCAGGGAAAGGGAGAGAGAAAGAGAGCGCGAGAGGCAGGCUACUCCACCUGCUGCUUCUUGCAACGGGCCGCAAGGCACGGAUUCUAGCGUAAGUGGAAGAGUGAGCAUCGGCGGGAAUGCCUCGAAUGAGGAGCACGAGCUGGCGAACGGCUACAACAGCGGAGAUGAAUAUACAGGCCGUACUGAGAAUAAUUACACGUUAGCCGAAUGGCAGGAGAAGGACAGGUGGUUUGAGAAACGUCUCAAGAAAAAGGGGCUUAUGCUGAAGAAAAUGGCGGAGGACGGAGCUUGUUUAUUUAGGGCGGUGGCAGAUCAGGUUUACGGCGAUCAGGAGAUGCAUGGAAUCGUACGGAAACACUGCAUGGAUUAUAUUGCUUCCAAUCAGGAAUUUUUCUCGCAUUUUGUGGCGGAAGAUUUUAGCACCUAUGUAGACAGGAAAAGACAAGAGUCUGUGCAUGGAAAUCAUAUAGAAAUGCAAGCUAUGUCGGAAAUGUACAAUCGUAGUAUCCAAUUAUAUUGUUAUAGCACUGAACCUAUCAAUAUUUUUCAUACUAUGGUGGAAAGUGAUAAUGAACCAAUCAGACUGUCGUAUCAACGUGGCAGUCAUUACAACAGUAUAGUUGACCCAUUUAAAGCUACUAUAGGUGUUGGACUUGGUUUACCAUCAUAUAAUCCUGGUUCUGCUGAUCGCGCUUUGAUAUCGGAUGCGGUUCGUCAGAGUGAGGAAUUGCAUAUCGAACAGACAAUGCUGGAGGAUAAAAUAAAAGCUACCGAUUGGGAGGCGACUAAUGAGGCUAUCGAGGAACAAGUAGCUCGAGAAAGUUAUUUGCAGUGGUUGCGCGAUAAUGAGAUGCGUAAGGCACGAUCAGCCAGUAGUAGCAGUACGAGCACAGUUACGAGCGCGCAACAUAAUCAUUCACACUUUCAUUCACAUGGAGGUCGUGGACAACAGCGUAGCCAUACCUCUUCUCCGACUACGACACAAACUAGCCAAGAUAAUUUACGUAAUUCUCCAAAGGUCAGCGAUGCGGUACGAUAUAACAAGAGAUCGCCGCAGCAUCAGUCUACUACUCAAGGCUCUAGCAUAUCCCAUCUGCCAUCGGAUUUUGAAGUGAAAAUGAUGCCACAAGAGCCUGUACCGGGAAGCAGCAAGGAAGCGAAUGCGUCACCCGAUAUUUCAUUGUUCAAUCGCCUUCCUCCUGAAGUAUUUGGUCUGACGGAUUGGGAAGAUAGCCAAAUACUUUCACAAGUGUUGGCAACGUCACAACAAGAGUACUUGGAUAAUCUGAAGCAGUCACGCGUGUCUGCGUCCGCCGGAAACGAUAGCGCCAAUACGAUAGAGUCUAGUAACAGUUCUAUUAACAAUUCUUGAAAUGCGGUCGGCAACGACAAAGUUCAAAAGAUAUCAGAGUAAAAGAUAUAUACAUUUAUAUAUUGCAAUAUCAUCUAAUCCCGUAUUGUGCUAGGACAUAAAGCGAUUUGCUUUCUUAUCCGUGAGUAAAUGUUGCAAUAAUUACUAUUUGGUUUCCCUUUCCAUUGUUUCUCUUCGUCUUUCUCUCUCUCUCUCUCUCUCUCUCUCUCUCUAUCUCUAUCUCAACACAACAUGUAACAUACGUAUGAGACUUUCCACGAGUACGUACGUUAUAAUCGUUAGACGCUUUGUUAACACUUACGAAGUAGCUGCGUAUCUUGUUUUCCGUUGUGGGUACCUUUAUAUUAUUAUAGAAAAUAAUCUACAUCAAUUUUUUUCCAAAUUAUUACUGUAACAAAGAGACAAAUUUUUUGUUUUUAUUAUAAUAACCUAAUCGCUAUCAUGAUCGCUAUCUAUGUUAUACUCCUUCUGAGGAGUUUGACAUCUGUUUCACCAUAAAUUAUGCAGUUCAUUUAGGCAGAACAUAUAUCGUUUGAUAUUUGUGAUGUUUUCUCUUAAUAUAGUUUAGGUCACAACGCUUUAGAGAAAUCUGCAUUGCAUUAUUUGUAAAAAAAGGAAUAUAAAUAAAACAUCAUUUAAUUGUAAUUUUAAUUUGUCGACAUUUAACUUAUCGUCUAAGUAUCGUGAAUGUCAUAGUAUAAGUAAGAUAUAUAAAUAAUAAAAAGGCCUUUUUUGAGA